GUAAGGAACUGAAACUUCUCCAUAUCCAGACCCGCGUCGCCCCCAAUUCACCAAAUUCUCUGAUUAUAUAAUUCCACUUUUAUUUGUCUCUCUCUUAUCCCUUUUUUGGGAUAACGAAUUGGGCGAUCAAUUUUCCUUCGUAUUUUCCUUCCUUUUUGAUUCUUCCAAGAAGGAAGAAAAUCAAUGGGGCAGCAAACAUCUAAAGAUCAAUUGCUGUUUCAGCAGGUGAAUUAUGGGAAUAUUGAGGGCAUCAAAGCUCUCAGAACUCAAGGUGCUGGUCUUGAGUGGAUUGACAGCGAGGGCAAGACUGCGUUGAUUGUAGCUUGCAUGAACCCACAGCUUUAUAACGUAGCAAAAACUUUGAUUGAAUUGGGUGCCAAUGUCAAUGUAUACCGUCCAGGUCGCCAUGCAGGAACUCCUUUACAUCAUGCUGCCAAAAGAGGGCUGGAUCAGACUGUUAAAUUACUUCUUUCACACGGAGCAAAUGCCCUAAUAAUGAAUGACGAUUGUAAUACCCCACUUGAUCUUGCUAGAGCCAAAGGGUUUGUCAAUGUUGUACGAGCUAUUGAGAGCCAUCUUUGCUUGUUCGCUGGUUGGCUGCGGGAACAUUACGGACCUGGAUUUCUGGAACGUUUUGCGCCUCAACUGCUCUCAAGAAAAGUAUGGGUGGUUGUCUUGCCGUGCGGUUCCCGUAAUCUUGCAAGGCCUUUCAAGUUGGAGCUUGCUAUAUAUAACGGUCCACAGGAUGCUCAACCAAGCAUGACUAUUCAACUAUGGAAGGCCAACUUAGAAGAACCAAAUUUCAACCAGCCUGAUCCUGCAGCAAUCAUAUCUGAUAUAUCUAAAAGUACUCGAAUCAAACUGGCACCUGCUAUUGAAAGUGAAAAGCACCAAUUGCAAAGGUUUUGCAAUGCCUGUAAAGGAAUUCCUCAGGUGAUGCAUCCGUCAUAUCCUUUCGGCAACCAACCCCCCACUGCUCCACCGACUGCAGCUGCAUCAAGUGCAGAAGACGACGAGCUACUGGCAAUGGCGAUCAAUGCUUCUCUUCAGUCAGUCACACAUGAGGGGGCAUCAAAUGCUGACACAUAUCUUGGAUCCGAAGCCAGUCCAUCCGCAAGCACAGCCAGCUCAAGCAAUAGCUCCAAUCAAGUAGAGCCUCACAACAAGGGAGCAGCAAGCGGGGUCAAAUCAGAAACUCAGCAAGCUGGAUCUAUAGCCGGUCCAUCUUACGUCCUAGAAAACGACCACACUGGCCCCUCUGUUGUCCAACCAACUCCCGAGGCUCCGUUGUCCGUUGCUGUUCCAUCAGCUCCUCCCGCUUCAGAUGCUGAUAUAGGCACCGGUCCCAUUAUUUACCCGUCUAUCGACACUAGCCCAAUUGAUCUAUCUUCUUCCACUGUGGAUGCCUCGACUGGUGAAGCCAAUGCAAAGGAAGGCGAGGAAACGACUUCGUCUUGUACUAUAUGCCUCGAUGCCCCGCUCGAGGGCGCAUGCGUCCCGUGUGGCCACAUGGCCGGAUGCAUGAGGUGUUUGAACGAAAUUAAGGCGAAGAGCUGGGGUUGUCCCGUGUGUCGAUCCAAGAUUGAUCAGAUUAUUCGUAUAUAUGCCGUUUGAUUUCCGAUUAUCGGAAGCUGUUGGCAUCUGCAGGAAUUGAGGAUCAAAGGUCGAAGUUUUUGAACUAGUCGAAUGAGUUGUAGUAGCAACUCAAAUCGAAGUACAUUAUGGUGAAGGAAUUGUAAUGAGAAGUUGAGUUUGUGAUUGUGUGCUAUACAUAUUUUGUAAGUGAUAGUUAUGUAUAUUGUGUUUUCGAAUAAUAUUAUUGUUCUUGAUCAAA